AUGGAGAGAACAAGAGUGAACAACACGUCUAAACGCAAAGGCAAAAGUAGUAUCGAGACAGUUGUUAAAAAAUUGAAACAAUCAAAAGAUAAUCCUGAGGAGACGCUAACCCCACCAGCAAAUGAAACCAUCGACAACGAGGGGGACUUGCAUGAUGAUGAUGGCUCUACGGACGAGAGUCAAACGGAUGAUCAAUUAAAAAAUAAAGAGACAUCCGAUGCAGAAAAAGGUAAAGAAAAUGAAAAAUCAGAGGAAGAAAAGGAGCUCUUUUUGACAGAUGAGAUGAAAGACAUUCUAGGAGAAGACCCAUCUGAAGAAAAGGGUCUUCGAUUAGAACUGCAUCCAAAAAUAAAAAACCGCCUGAAGUUCUGGGCCGAGAAAGGGUUGAGCUCUGAAGACAGAGACAAACUACUAACAAAAUACAAAAGGACUGAAGAUUUUGAAGCUCCUAAAAUUAAUCUUCCAAUCGAGUCCAAGCUAUCAGUUAGCGCGAAGAAGAGAGACACUUUUCGCGUGCUGACUCAGAACUCCAUCGGUUCAGCGCUGAUGGCUGUAGGCUCCAUUGCGUCCACACUAUUCACCGAGACAGAGGCUCUUGAUGUGGACGAUGCUUUCGAAAAACUAUUUGAAGCAACGAAAAUCCUGGCUGAUGCUUUUCAUCAACAAUCGCUGUCAAGAAAAGCAACCAUUAGAUCAUCAUUUGACAAAAUGACAAAAGAGAUUCUGGAAAAGGCGAACGCCGAUGAAUUACUGUUCGGUAAGGAUUUAGUCGAGAAUAUAAAAUCGGCCAAAGCAGCUGACAAAGCCCGGUCACUACCAACAGGGCAAUUGGAGCCAAGCUCGACGUCGCCUGCCAUUCCGGCCCAACCAGAGAUUUCAGGCCAGGCAGAACCAGCAUCCUCCGAAGAACGCAGGUCCUUCGACGAAGACCUACAAACCCAAACCCCAAUAAACACCGUAAGUAAGGUAGCGGGACGCUUGAAGCAUUUUUACAGGGCUUGGAAGGAAAUAACGGAUAAUGAGUUUGUAUUAGGUUGCAUUAAGGGGUAUAAAAUAGCUUUUAAUCGUCAGGUAGUUCAGGCGCGCGAAGCUAAGGUAUCCAUUGAAGACCACGAGGUGUUGAGGUUUGAGAAGGCAAUUAAAAGAUUGCUGGAUAAAGGUGCGAUUGAAGAAUGUCAAUCGGAAGAAGGACAAUUUCUAUCAUCUUAUUUCUUGGUACCUAAGAAAGAUGGUUCAGAUAGAUUUAUCUUUAAUCUUAAAAGAUUGAACGAGUUCAUAGAUACUUCUCAUUUUAAGAUGGAAGAUCUAAGAACAGCUCGUGGCUUAGUAUUAGCAAAUGUCUAUUUUGCGACCCUGGAUAUGGAAGACGCGUAUUAUCUAGUAGCAGUUCAUCCGAUAAGUAGGAAAUACCUAAGAUUUAUAUUUGAAGGCAAAAUUUAUCAAUUUACAUGUCUAGUUUUUGGGCUUUGUACUAGUCCGUAUGCUUUUACGAAAAUUCUAAAACCAGUAGUCAAAUUGCUUAGAUUGAGAGGCUUUAAGUCGGUGAUUUAUCUAGAUGACAUUCUAUGUAUUGAGAACUCCCCAGAGAAAUGUUCAGAGAAUGUAACCGCCACAGUCGAUCUUUUAGAGUCUUUAGGGCUCUUAAUAAAUAAAAAUAAAAGCAGGUUAACUCCAGAGACCAGAUGUGAAUUUUUGGGUUUCACCAUAGACUCCGUGAAACUAUCAGUAGAACUGACUAGUGAUAAAAAAGCUCGCCUGAGCAAGUUAAUAAGUACAUUUACGACAGGUCAAAGCCACUCAAUUAGAGAGCUAUCAGAGCUAAUAGGGAAAUUAGUCGCUGCGUGUCCGGGAGUAGACUACGGUUGGCUAUAUUUGCGGCCUUUAGAAGGCUUUAAAAUUCUUAGUCUAGGGAAAAAUCUUUUUGAUUACGAAGCGACGGUGGUAGUACCAGAUAGAUUAGUGCCAGAUCUUUUAUGGUGGCAAGAAAAUGUCCAACUAGGGAAAAGCAAAAUUAAAUCUGUAGAUUUCAGUAAAACCAUCUUUACGGACGCUUCGAAUUCAGGUUGGGGCGCGACUGAUGGUCAGAAUAGUAUACAUGGUUUCUGGGACGAGAAACAGAAAGAAUGGCACAUUAAUUACAAGGAAUUAUUCGUAGUAAAAUUAGCUCUUGAGUCAUUAGGAGCAGAAGUGACUGGAAAACAGAUCCUUUUGAGAAUAGACAAUACGACGGCGAUAGCCUAUGUUAAUAAAAUGGGUGGGACUAAACACCCGGAGUUUAAUAAACUGACACGCAAAAUCUGGCAAUGGGCGGAAGUGAAAGAUAAUUUUUUAUUUGCUUCGUACAUACCGUCUGAAGAAAAUGUAGAAGCUGACGGUCUAUCAAGGUUAGCUAACGACGAUACGGAAUGGGAGCUGGCUAGUUACGCAUUUGAGAAAAUCGUAGCCAGGUUCGGGGCUCCAGCCUUGGAUCUCUUUGCAACAAGGGCUAAUAAAAAGUGCGCUAACUUCUGCUCACGUUUUUCGGACGCGAGCGCUUCGGAGAUAGAUGCGUUCACAAUCAGCUGGAGAAGUAUAGAUUUCUACGCUUUUCCACCUUUUGCUCUGAUACUCAGAGUCCUUAAUAAAAUUAAACUGGAAAAAUCUUCGGGUAUAGUGAUCGUACCUAAUUGGCCAAACCAAGCUUGGUAUCCGUUUUUCCUCGAGCUUCUGGACAAAGCAGCAUCCCAGGGCAGCAUCGCUAGAACUGAUUGCAGGACGAUUAUCCGGCAAGCCUUUAUUAAAAAAGGCUCGCCAGAGGAGUCAGCAGACAUCAUGCUAGCAUCACUGGCUGACUCUACACUAAAACAAUAUCUGUCAGCGCUCCAGCAAUGGAGCGAAUUUUGCACAAGGAAAGAGCUGGACCUUUUGGAGCCGGACAGUCAUGGUUUGCUUCGUUUCCUCACAGAGAAGCAGAAAAAAGGAGCCUCAUACUCAGGACUAAACACUCUGAGAUCUGCGGUUUCUCUCAUAGCAGGAGUUAAGAUUGGGGCAGAUCCACUGGUAUCGAGACUGAUGAAAGGGGCAUUCAGGUUAAAACCAUCAACACCAAAAUAUACAACUACGUGGGACGUCACGAAAGUGCUCGAGCAUCUGGCUAAAGAUUAUCCUUUAGAAAACUUAUCCUUGACGAAGCUGUCUCAAAGAUUAGUAACGCUACUAGCUUUGUGCACCGCUCAUCGAGCGCAGACAUUAGCAAGCAUUGAAGUGAAGAACAUAACAGUCCGAGAGAAUGCAUUAGAGAUCAAGAUCUCAAAACUAAUAAAGAAUUCGGGACCAGGGCGAGCACAACCAUUACUGGUAGUACCUUUCUUUAAAGAGAAACCGGAAUUAUGCGUAGCUACGACCCUAAACUUUUACGUGAAAAAUACCAAAACAGCAAGAGGAAAGCUGGAAAGCCUUUUUAUUUCAACUGUUAAGCCUUACAAGGCCAUUACCAGUCAAACUAUUAGCAGGUGGAUUAAAUCAGUCCUGACAGAGAGUGGAAUAGACACUACAGUUUUUUCGGGACAUUCUACUCGAUAUGCGGCAACCUCAGCGGCUUAUAUCAAAGGUAUCAAUUUGGAGUCGAUAAGAAAGACUGCAGGUUGGUCUAAAGGAUCAGAGAUGUUCGCUAGGGUCUACAAUAGGCCAAUAUCGGCAGAAAAUCAAAGUUUUGCAAGAGCUGUGUUAGGUUAA